AUGUCGAAAAAGAGCAAAAAAAGUCAAAAAAGUAGGAAGAGUCAACGGCCGACGCCAGAGGUGAGAAUCAGCGUGAUCUAUUGCAGUUUUUUAUCUGCUUUUAGUCCGACUCCACCAAUCUGGUCGCUCAGAAACCAAGUAAAUCUCAAUUGGACUACAUCGUCGCCAGCAUGUACUUCUUGGAUUGGAAUGUGAGUAUAUAUUAUAGUAAACGAAUGUGCUUAGAAAUCGAUUCUGGAAGCAUACACCCAUAAUGUGAAGGAAUUAUACCUGGUCCCCCUAACUGAACAUUGUCUGAGAAAGAAAGUCAUGAUCGAUGACACUCGUAAGUGUUACUGUAAUUCCUAUCACAAAAUAAGUGCCAAGUCAAUGAUUAAAAAAAUUUUUUUUAGGGUUUGCCAGAACAUUUUUACCGUAACUAUUUCUUAUUACAGUGAGCGGUGAUGACAGCGGAAAGUCGGCUAAAACAAUCGAAGCCGGCAGAAAGUUGGAACAAGGAGUUAAAGUUGAAGCUGGCCAAGACGAACUGAAGAAUCUCCAACGACGUCUUCGGAAUGAAUACGAAGUGCCAAAGGAUGGGAACACCGAAGAAAGCGGAGAUUAUAUCCCUGUGAAGAAGGAGAAAUGGACCUCCCUGGCCGAGAUCUCAGUCAUGUAUCGACUUCGGACCUUGAUCCAGAUGUGUGGAUCGCUUCUCAUUUUCAUGACCAAGAUCAGGUCUUGGUUGGAGAAACAUCGGAAGAUCUUUAGUCAAUACGGAAAGGAAUGCGGAGAGGUCCUGGAUUACACUUUAAUCUGCUUUGAGGCUGUUUGUUGUCAAGCCGACAUAUUCUCCUUGAAUCCAGUGGAAAGAGAUAAGGUCAGAGAAGAUUGUCGGAAUUAUAUUGUCAUGGAAGAUCCUUACAAAGGAGAGGAAAACAGAAAAAGAGAAAUUCCAUUGACUCUGAAACAGCAUGUUAAAGAAGAAGUAAAGAUCCUCGAGGCCAAGAUCAAUUACUACAGGUAAGUAUUUUUAUUAUACAUAGCUAUGCAUAGUAGGAUGUAUAGAACUAGCAUGAGUUCAAGUUCAAAUGUUUAGGGCAUCUGUCAGCCUCAUUGCCAAUUCCCUGACUGAUAUUACCCAAGCCAUUGGCAAAAAGAUUCCUCGAGAGAUUCUGGCAGUGACCACGAAAGAGGUCAAGAUGAUUCUCGAAAAGUUACCUCCCGCCUAUUAUUUUCCAGCCAAGUUUGAAUUCUCUGCGGGUACCCAUAAGAUCUUGGAGAGACAUCCACCCAACAGAAGACGCCUCCUUAAACAAGAUGACGUAAGUGAGAUACUGUAGCCUUGGGUUGAAGAGAGUAGCGAUGAAUCAUUUUAUUCCCUAUUUACAUUUACGUUAACUCUACUUACAGCUGGUCUCAAUUCGUUCCGACUCGAGCCGUUCGGCCGGAUCUGGAAAAUCGUACAAAAACAAGUCUGGAAAGAGCCGCCAAUCCCAAAAAUCGACAAAAAGAGGGCACGGUUCUGUCGAAAAGUGAAGAAUAUUUUUUCUUACUAAAGCUGUUUUUCAGGACUCAAGCUUCUUCGCAAAUGACCGGUUAA